AACAAAAUAAAGUGGACAUAAGCUCCGAUCCCGUUAAAUUUGAAAUUUGUAGUAAAGUAAACAAAUUUAAUAGUGAAAUGACAAUAGAUUCUAGUGAAGAUGGAGAAAAUAAAUCAAGAGAUUUUAAAGAUGACUGUUCUAUAGACGAGAAAAUGAGCGGUUACGGCGUGAGCGCUGGCGGGGGGAUGUCAAGCGACACCGACGCGCUCUCGCGGCGGCUCAGGGAAGCGGAGCGAGCGAGAGCGGACGCUGAACGCGCUCAUGCCGAUGCGCUCGCGCAACUCCGCGGCGCUCAGCGCUCGCCGCUCGAUGCGCACAACGUCGAACAGCUGCAGUCAAGGGCGAGAGAAUUGGAAAAGAAGGCGGCAUUGGAGACGGUCCGCUGCGAAGAGUUACAGCUGGAGUUAUCGGCAGCAUUGCGCGCGCGUGGCGCCACCUCUGCUGGGAGCUGGACAACGGCGCCCGCGCAGCCUGCCUCCGAGAUCGAGCGUAUAAUGGCAAAGAUAGAACAAGACAACCGCAUCUUAGCUGAAUUAGAACAUACCAGAUCCACUACCCAUGGUAUGCAAUCAAGUGGAUCUAACCAGGCGUUAGGCGAGUUCCACUCACCGACUCCAUCGCCGCUGCCGCACUCUUACACGAGCACGGCUGGCCACGUCGCUAUCUGUCAGAGCAGCACCAUGCCUACUCUCUCGGCAUUGCAUGCUGCUGGCCAGUUCUCCGCUCCUAACUCCAACUCCGUUGCAUACUCCAUAAGCGCACACAACCCUACGUCUUACUCCAAUCCUAUACCCUCUUAUUCUACAAAUUCUUAUCUGACCAACACCCACCAAGUCACAUUUACAAAUCCAGUUACAGCUCCUAUUGUUAAUAAUAUCGGUCAAAUUUCUAGCACCUUAGCCGGAUUACAAAGUAAUCUCCAAAAUUUAACUGGAAAUAUGGCAGCGAUGAGUUUAGGUAGCGCCUUGGUAGGCCCGACAUUGACUGGAACUAUGGCGGGAAGUGGCCUCACCAGCUGUCUGAAUAAUGUACAAACGAGUUUGUCUGGAGGACUGACGAGUACUCUAGGUGGUAUACAAUCCACGUUGACCGGAGCAUUGUCGAAUCCUCUUGGGAAUCUCACAGGCGGAACGCAACUUAGUGCCCUAAACACGAGCUUGACUGGAACUAAUGUGUAUGGCACAACUGGUACUUAUACGAACCCGCUCCUAUCCAGUGGAUUAGGUACCAACACAAUGAACAUUAAACUGAAGCCUUUAGAUGAAAUUGACCUUGGAUUGGGAAGAUAUGGGACUACCACUUCGGGAGUAGGACGAGUGGCAACGCCUGUAACGCCACAUCAACCAAGUUGGAGUUUAGGAUUAGAUAGCCAAUUUGGACCUGAUAGAUUAGGAGGCAUGGACGGAUUCAGCCAUGACCGAAACCAACGAGCUUUGUCGAGAAUCAUGCCCAAUUCUGGACUAGAUAUGGACGUUCGAAAUACACAUUAUAUGAAUGGUGGUGCUCCAACUGAGGGUCAGGUGGACAUGUUAGAUAUCCCAGGCAAAGGCCGCUGUUGUGUCUACAUAGCUCGAUUUUCCUAUGAUCCACCUGAAAUUGAAAGUGCUGAGGGAGAGUUAUCAAUUUGUUCAGGGGAUUACUUGUUAGUUUGGGGUCCACCAGACCCUAAUGCUUCGAUGCUUGAUGCCGAACUGUUAGAUGGUCGGAGAGGUUUGGUACCGGCCAAUUUUGUACAACGACUAGUUGGUGAUGACCUAUUAGAGUUUCAUCAGGCGGUGGUAGCGACCCUUCGAGAUGUGGACGAGUCUGCGACGACGGCGGUCAGCGACCUCUCGCUGAGUCGCGACGUGGCACGUCUCAGUGAAGUGGCCGAUAUCAGUGAAGGACCCGAAGAUGACGACAAUGUGCCUGCGCCGCGGCAGCUCACGCUGGAGAGGCAGCUGAACAAGUCCGUGCUGAUUGGCUGGACGGCGCCCGAGGGAGUCCAGCAGGCUAACAUCGAGAGCUACCACGUGUACGUCGACGGCGUUCUCAAAACUACGGUGAAGGCGUCAGAGCGCACGCGCGCUCUCGUCGAAGGAGUAGACUCUAACAGGCCUCAUCGGAUCAGUGUUCGCUCCGUAACUGUAACAAGGCGUACCUCCCGUGAUGCAGCAUGCACUAUGGUUAUUGGACGAGAUACUGCAAACAUGGGGCCGACAUGUGUGAAAGCGAGUGGAGUCACAUGUUCUCAAGCUAUAAUAUCUUGGUUGCCAGCUAACUCCAACCACCAACACGUCGUCUGUGUUAACAAUGUUGAAGUGCGAACGGUCAAACCGGGAGUAUAUCGGCAUACUAUAACAGGUUUAUCGCCAAGCACUCAAUAUCGAGUAACGGUAAGAGCGAAGCAUUUGAGAGCUGGACCUCCUUCUGGCAUACCUAUCGAGGAAGCUCCUGGGGCAUACACAGACUUCAGGACUCUGCCCAAAGGUCUACCAGAUCCACCAAAUGAAAUCAUGGUGGAAGCGGGGCCCCAGGACGGGACGUUGCUGGUGACGUGGCAGCCGGUCGCUCGCCCGCCGGCUUCGGGCCCGGUCACCGGAUACGCGGUAUAUGCCGACGGAAAGAAGGUCACGGACGUGGAUUCGCCUACCGGUGACCACGCUCUCAUCGACAUUGGCAAAUUGAUCGGCCUCAACCCUAAAUGCGUCACAGUUCGUACAAAAUCUCGAGAUAGUCAAUCUAGUGAUAGUGCACCAACGCCUAUCCCACCAGCAGUACUGCGCGGAGUGGUAUCGAGGAUGCCUCGUGGUCAGCACACUAUGCCGAAUCAACCCGGCCCUGGAUACAGUAGAGUUGCUCAGCGACCCCAACCAUACCAGCACCAACAACAAGUCAUUGAACAUGACGAGAACUUAUCUGAUAAAGAGAUUUUCCCCACCAGUAACCGUCAUGAUCAACACGCCGCUCAGCAAUCGGGAAUACCAGCCAUCGAAAUCACUAAAGAGAGCGGCGCGGAGCUGGGUAGCGAGGAUGAGGAGGCGUCGCGUCGUCGCCCGCAGCAGCAACCGUCCCAACCAGUGCAAGCGUCGCAGCAGCAAUCGGGUCAGCCGUACCCGAGUACACAAGCCUACCAUGGCACGCAGCAACCCCCCUAUCAGCAAGCCGGCCAGUUCCCAAGUAACCAGCAGCCUCCGUACCCUGGCCAGCCGCAGCCGUACCAAAACCCGCCUCCGAGGAACCACCAUGAGAGAGGCCGCCCUCCCAACCCGCACCAGCAACAACAACAAGCGCAGCAGGCCGUGAUGCAGUACGGUCCUCGUGGAAGUCAGCCCGCCGGGCCCCGGGGGCCUCAGCCAGUCCAGCUCCGCCAUCAUCAGAUGCAGGGCCACCCUCAAUCUAAGAGGGGUCGCUUCUUCAUCGCGUUGUUCGACUACGACCCAGCCACCAUGAGCCCGAACCCUGAGAGUUGUGAUGAAGAGUUGCCCUUCAGUGAAGGAGACACCAUUAAGGUGUGGGGCGACAAAGAUGCAGACGGCUUCUACUGGGGCGAGUGCCGUGGCAGGCGAGGGUACGUCCCCCACAACAUGGUGGCGGAGCUGUCAGAGCAGGAGGCGGCGCAGGCGGGCCCGAAGCCCAGGGACCGCUGGACAGACGCGUACGCCACUCAACCCGUCAGGCGCAUGGUCGCACUGUACGAUUAUGACCCGCAAGAGCUGAGCCCCAACGUUGAUGCUGAUGCGGAGCUCAGUUUUCAAACGGGUCAAAUAAUCCACGUGUACGGUGAGAUGGACGACGAUGGGUUCUACAUGGCAGAGAUCGACGGCGUCAGGGGACUGGUGCCCAGCAACUUUCUCACUGACGCCAACGAUCAGUACGCUGUGCCCGGCCAAACUAGCCAAGGCGGCGCGGGUGGGGUGCGGGGCGGGGGAGCCGCGGGCGGUGUUGGUCCCGGAGCAGUGGGAGGGGCAGGCGCGGGGCGCGGGCGGGGCGCUGCCAGCGCGCCCGGGCCCGGGGCGCGAGGUCCGCCGCCUCCGCCGCGUGACAACGUCGCGCCCGCGCCCCGUAAUCACCACCGGAAGGCAGAUGCCUGCCCUCUUCCCCCUUCUCAGUUAGACCACAACACAUGCGCCAGUAAUCCAGAACAGGCGAAUUCUCAGGCGAGAGCGAGAGGCGUGGGGAGCGUGCAAGCAACGACCACGAUCGCGCGCACGAGCGCUGGUAACGCGGGCACACCCACCGUACAGUCGCCGGGCACAGGGGGUAUGGUCAGCAUGGGCGGAAUGACCAACAUCAACAACAUGGGCGGCAUGGGCAACUUAGGAGGAACAGGCACAGCGGGAACUCCAAUGGGCAGCGCCGGAAGCGGAGGCGCUGUCUCUGGAACCGCCGGCCAGGUGUCGGGCGCCACUUCAAGCGUGUCUCCCGCGCGCCGCGCUGGACCUGCCGUCGUACCCGCGCCCACUGCGCAACCCCUGCCCGUCGCUCAGGCGCCGCCGACUUCCCAACCCAAUCUCAUGCAAAAGUUCACCGAAAUGACUGCGCCCGGCGGCGAUAUCCUCAGCAAAGGCAAGGAGCUCAUCUUCAUGAAGUUCGGCCUCGGUGGCAAAUAAUGUCGGAGAGGGCUCAUAGCCCCCUGCACCGUGGCCGUCGCCCUGACAAUGUUCCGCUCAUGAGAUUUCCUCACCUUGUUCGUCUUUCUGAGGGGUCGAUUUCGAUGAGACGCUCGCCUUGGAAGACGCUAGAAUUUGACGUCCAGUUUGGAGGGAUUUACAGAGGAGGAUUGCGGUCGUGGUGCGGAUUGCCUGGGAGUCCCGCCGCAGGUGGAUUUGGACGUGGUCUCCCGUCUGGGUGUGUACGGAAUUUUUCUACUUUAACGGUUCACGGCCGGCUAUGGAAUGAGAGUACUUACUAUAUAGGAAAUUUUGUAAAUAACAAUUCAAAACGCACAGUCUAGUGAAUAUUCAAGUAUUAGUGCUGUCUCGAUAGUACCCACGGUUGAAGUUUAAGCUCCUGAAAUUAGUUGUGUACCUAUCUGUUUUCUAAUUCUUGGACUAUAUCCCCUCUUUUAGAUUUUAGGAUAAAAUAUGAGUGAAUUGUUAAUACAUAUUUGCAUUAUUUCGUAUGUGUAGAUAUGAAAUAAUAUAACAGUUAUUGUCUAGUUACCUAACACAAUUACGUGAAUAGUGUGAUUUUCUACAUUACUUUUUCGAUCGCUAGCUGUGAAUGACAUUUACACAAUAAUCAAUGAAAUAUUUCUUUUAACUACAGUCCGAAUAUUUAGAUGGAGUUUCGAAAAUUACUUACUCAUGUUCUCCAUAACGAUUAUUGUUUUCUCUCUAAGGCACUAUGUCCCAUUGUUACCGUCCUAUUGACCAAUAAUAUUAUUAUUUAAAUCUCAGUUUUAUUCCGGUUGACUGAUAAUUUGAAAAGUAAAAUCAAAUGUGUUCAAAUAAAAUUUAAACUUGAUAAUAAUUGUAACCAUGUCAUCUACGUAUGUAACCGCAACUAACAACCCUAUUAAAUAAUAUUUCAAAAUAAGUGUAAGUAAUUCUUCAAAUUUCGUAUUUAUAUUAUUAAAUAUCAAAACGAGUUAUCUCUGGUAUCUUCAAGUAAUUAAUUUAAAGAAUAUAUGAUAAUACACGAACAUAGAUGGCUAUUGAGGUUUGUUGAUAACCGGAAGUAAGAUCCACUGCUGAAAUUUUAAAUAUUUAUUGAUACUUUUAAGAGAUUAAGUAAGCGCAUUAAAUAAUAUGCCUGUUCCCUUAUAUAUUCUCGAAAUAAUAAUAUUCUGUGAUAGUAGACGUGAUACCAUCUUUAUCAUUCUUGUAAAAUUAUAACUACAGCGUCAUUUAUCACUUAGAAAUACUUUGACAACUCAAUUGAUAAAUAAAUUGAUGGUUCGUUAAAAUUUCUCAUAUCUUUUAUGACGCUUAAUUAAAAAUGAAAUUCUUUCUCAAAAAUAUUCUAAAGUCCAAAUAUUACGAUUGUUAUACAUUUAUUAAACAGCAUAUAUGGGGUAUUCUAAAGUAAAAAAUAUGCCCGAGGGUUGUAUUAACAACUGGCUUGCGAUAUUAUAUAACCCAAGUAGGAUAAAUAAUAUUGCAAGUCUAAUAACUUGGCAUGCAGAUUUUCUUAAGACCACCUUUGCUAUCUUUUGAUGCUUCUUUUGUCCGGUUACCUUAAAAAUUUGUUUGUUUCCUUUAAAACUAGGCAAGAUUUCUUAGCCAAUAUGAGCUGUCUCGUUUCGUUUUAAUAAUAGGUUUGAGAAUGGUAUUAUAAGGUAAGUACCUACACAGUAUGCUUUGCUGCUAGUGUAGGUAUGGAACGGACAAGACUGCUUGCAUGAAGUUUUGUUAAUUUAGAAGUAAUAUUUAUACUAACUGCAUAUUUAGGCAAACCAAAAAACUCGUAUUAUGUAAGAAUGAAAAUACUGCAAGAAAGAAGGGUUAACUUGAGAUAAUGUAGCUUUAUAUCUGUGAAGCAGGAUUCAAUUGUAAGUGCUUGUAAAAGGAAACAGUUUUGCUAGCUACAUAAUAUUAAGCUAUAUUUUCUCAUACAGGAACCUCGUAUGUUAUUGAAGAUUCAUGGCCGUAUCCCGUCUCUAAUCUUAUAAUUCCAUAGGCUCACCCACCAAACUUACCAAUACUAACCAAAUAUAUUUCACAAGUUCAAUACAUAUGUAUUUAAUAAAUCUUACGUAUCAUGUUUUAAUCUUCGUGAAAUGAAAAAAUCUAUUAUUGUAUCGAUUGAAUAUGAACCUUUAUUAUUAACAAGGGAAAUCUUAAGAGCGACGUUGAGUCUAAAUAAUUUAUAAAAUGUUCUAAUGUUGUUAUUGUAUGUAUAUAUCGGCGAUAAGGUCGCUUGGAUAGGCUAUCGGAGAUUGCUCACUUCGUACAAGGGAUUCUUUAUAAGUCCUCUAAAGCUUCAUUAUCUAACCAACGUUCUCGUGUAUUAAAUCUUUUCACAUAAAUCCAGAUUUAGCUUGCGAUUCCUAGUUGUAACCAUUGUAUAACAUAUAUAACCCCACUGUUUAGUCCCAUAUAUAUAACGUAUAUUUAAUUGGUUGUAAAUAAUCAUGCGUGCGCCUGGGAUAAAGUAUUGUUAGCUAAGCACUGUGCUACAUAUCUACCUAUAUAACAUGUAUUUAAAGUUUUUCUAUCAUUAAUGAAUAUUCUAGCGUUAUUUCUAACACCGUUCGAAGUUGUUCACUUGUUUAUAAAUUGUUAUGAAUCUGUAUUCAUAUCUUUUAUCACGACAUGUAUAUCUACGUGUAUGGUUAUUUAUACGAGAUAAUAUAUAAUAUGUAUAUUAAUCGUACAUUCAUGUGUGCAUAAUUUAAAAUAAAGAGUUGUAUAAUACUUAUAAUUAAUGAUGAAUUAUGGCAAACACUAUAAUGGAUAAAUCUCUAACAAUGUACCAAUGAAAUAUGCUGAGACAAAAUAAAUAAUACAAA